UCAGUUCCUGCGGCCGCGCACAGCCCGCGUCUCCUUCCCGGCUCGGCGCUCGGGAGGCGGCGGCGGCGGUGGCGACGGAGCGAGGCCCGGGCGAGGCGAGGCGAGAGGGCGGCGGGCGCCGGGGCCCGCGGCCGGCACGACGGAGUCCCCGCACGGCCGGCGGCAGCGGUUGGCGGCGGCCCCGGGCGCCCGGCGUGGGAAGCGGCGACGGGGCGGCGGCGCCAUGGAGCCUCGGGAGGUGAAGGACCGAAUCCUGGAGAACAUCUCGCUGUCGGUGAAGAAGCUGCAGAGCUACUUCGCAGCAUGCGAGGACGAGACCCCUGCCAUCCGGAACCACGACAAGGUCCUGCAGCGCCUGUGUGAGCACUUGGACCACGCCCUGUUGUACGGAUUGCAAGACCUGUCCUCUGGCUACUGGGUGGUCGUGGUCCAUUUCACCCGCAGAGAGGCCAUCAGGCAAAUUGAAGUGCUACAGCAUGUGGCCACCAACCUGGGGCGAAGCCGCGCCUGGCUCUACCUGGCUCUCAAUGAGAAUUCCUUGGAGAGCUACCUUCGCCUGUUCCAGGAGAACCUGGGUCUGUUACAGAAGUACUAUGUCAGGAAUGCCCUGGUCUGCAGCCACGAUCACUUGACUCUCUUCCUGACCUUGGUGUCUGGGUUGGAGUUUAUUCGGUUCGACCUGGAUCUGGAUGCCCCGUACUUAGACCUGGCCCCAUAUAUGCCUGACUACUAUAAACCUCAGUACCUGCUGGACUUUGAAGACCGCCUUCCCAGCUCAGUCCACGGCUCAGACAGCCUGUCCCUGAACUCCUUCAACUCUGUCACCUCCACCAACCUGGAAUGGGAUGACAGCGCAAUUGCCCCAUCUAGUGAGGAUGGAGACCUCACAGAUACCAUCAGUGGUCCCCGCUCUACUGCUUCAGACCUGACCAGUAGCAAGGCAUCCACCAAGAGCCCCACCCAGCGCCACAACCCCUUCAACGAGGAGCAGGCGGAGAGCGCGUCAUCUGAGACCACCCCCGUGCACACUACCUCUCAGGAGAAGGAAGAGGCCCAGGCCCCAGACCAGCCAGAUGCUUGUACAGAGCUUGAAGUUAUCAGGGUCACCAAGAAGAAGAAGAUUGGCAAGAAGAAAAAGACCAAGCUGGAUGAGGAAGCAAGCCCACUGCACCCCAACUGUAGCCAGCAGAAGUGCGGUCGGCAGGGGGACGGUGACGGACUUGUGGGCACCCCAGGCCUGGCGCGGAACUGUUCGGACACCAUACUUGCCUCUCCACAGGAGCAAGGGGAAGGGCCCGGCAGUACCGCCGGGAGCUGUGAGCACUCAGAGCUCAGCCAGAUGGGUUUGCUGAUCCCCGAGAUGAAGGACACCUCCAUGGAGUGCCUAGGACAGCCCCUGAGCAAGGUCAUCGACCAGCUUCAUGGCCAGCUGGACCCUAGCACCUGGUGCUCCCGUGUCGAGCCCCCGGAUCAGUCCUUUCGGACCGGCUCUCCCGGGGAGGCCCCGGAGAAACCGCCAUUUUGCGACUUUAGUGAGGGGCUUCCAGCCCCCAUGGACUUCUACCGGUUUACAGUCGAGAGUCCAAGUACUGUUGCACCAGGUGGCGGCCACCAUGACCCUCCAGGGUCUAGCCAACCGCUGCAUGUUCCUGGUAGCCCUGCGCCUGCUCUCCAAGAAGAAGAGGGAGGAAGAGGAGAGGGACAGACAUCUCAGCCCCUAGAGGACCAGCAAGGGAAGGAGAUUCAGGAGCCAGAGCCUCAGGAACCAGACAGCCAGUUGCCGCUGGUCAGCCAGGAGCCUGGGCCUGAACCUGUGUCCCAGCCUGAACCUGGAACCCAGGAAACUCUUUGCAAGCUCAAGGGAGACCAGCCCAGUCCUUGUCUGAGCAGUGCUGAGGACUCCGGGGUAGACGAGGGCCAGGGUAGCCCCUCAGAGAUGACGCACCCCUCAGAGUUCAGAGUAGACAACAACCACUUGCUCCUACUCAUGAUUCACGUCUUUCGAGAAAAUGAAGAACAGUUGUUCAAAAUGAUCCGGAUGAGCACAGGGCACAUGGAGGGUAACCUACAGCUGCUCUACGUGCUACUCACAGACUGCUAUGUCUACCUGCUUCGGAAAGGGGCCACAGAAAAGCCAUACCUGGUGGAAGAGGCUGUUUCUUACAAUGAACUUGACUAUGUGUCGGUUGGCCUGGACCAACAGACUGUCAAGCUGGUGUGCACCAACCGCAGGAAGCAGUUUCUGCUGGACACGGCCGACGUGGCCCUGGCUGAGCUGUUCUUGGCGUCUCUGAAGUCAGCCAUGAUCAAAGGUUGCCGGGAACCACCCUACCCCAGCGUCUUGACUGAUGCCACCAUGGAGAGGCUGGCGCUGGCAAAAUUUGUCGCCCAGGAAUCCAAAUGUGAGGCAUCCACUGUGACCGUGCACUUCUACGGACUUGUACACUGGGAGGACCCCAUGGAAGAGGCCCUGGGCCCUGUUCCUUGCCAGUGCUCACCCGCUGAGGGCACGAUCACCAAAGAAGGCAUGCUCCACUAUAAGGCCAGCACCUCCUACCUGGGCAAAGAGCACUGGAAGGCCUGCUUCGUGGUGCUCAGCAAUGGGAUCCUCUACCAGUAUCCUGAUCGCACUGACGUCAUCCCCCUGCUCUCCGUGAACAUGGGUGGGGAGCAGUGCGGUGGCUGCCGGAGAUCCAACACCACGGAUCGGCCCCACGCCUUCCAGGUCAUUCUGGCUGACCGGCCUUGCCUGGAGCUAAGCGCCGACAGUGAGGCCGAGAUGGCAGACUGGAUGCAACAUCUUUGCCAGGCCGUAUCCAAAGGAGUCAUACCCCAGGGCAUAGCUCCCAGCCCCUGUAUCCCUUGCUGUCUGGUGAUCACGGAGGACCGCCUCUUCACAUGCCACGAAGAUUGCCAAACCAGCUUCUUCCGCUCCCUGGGCACAGCCAGACUGGCGGACAUCACUGCUAUCUCCACUGAGUUAGGCAAGGAGUACUGUGUCCUGGAGUUCUCCCAGGAUAGCCCCCAGCUGCCGAAGCCCUGGGUCAUCUACAUGAGCUGCACUUCCGAGUUGGACCGGUUCCUGACCGCCCUGAGCUCUGGGUGGAAAGCCAUCUACCAGGUAGACCUUCCUCACAAGGCAAUCCAUGAAGCUUCCAUCAAGCAGAAAUUUGAAGAUGCCCUGAGCCUCAUCCACAGCGCCUGGCAGCGGAGCGACAGCCUCUGCCGCGGCAGGGCCUCCCGGGACCCCUGGUGCUGAGGCUGGGCAACCCUGUGGGCAGGCGGGAAGGAGGUGUGCUGACCAGCCUCUGCACUGUGGUGUGCCGCCAUGGCGUUUCAGAGCCAGGGGCCAACAACCCACUCCUGCCUUGGGGUGGCAGAACCACUUAGUGUGGCUGGCGUGAGAGAGGAAUUCAGUCAGUGCCUGGCACCACAGGCAUCCUGCCCGAUGGUAGUGACUAGAGGUCACUGGGGCAGACGGUCUGAGCCCUGUGGGCUCCGUAGACACUUGGUGUCCCCGGCCACCACUUUAGUCCUCACCAUCUGCUCAGGGUGGCGGAGAGAAGGAUAGUAUCCGUUGAAGGGGGAGCAAAGAGACCAGGAGGAUGGGCGUGCUGUCUUCCUCUCUUGGGUCAGGGGCCUGGGCGGAUGGUCAGGGCCCCCUGGGGUCCUGAGUGCCCAGCCACCCUUGUUCGUUUUUGAACACUGUCCCCACUGCACAGGGAAACGUGAGCACUAGGUAUCUGUGCAUGCCCCCUCUCACGAAUCCACCCCAUGCACAGCAGCCUGUCUCGCACAGCCUGGGCCCAGCCGGCAGCUCUCCAUGGCUAAAAGGGGCCCUGCAUGUCCAUAGCCCUGCCUUUCCUCUUCCUCAAGUACAGCAGAGCUCGUAGGACCACAGAUCAGUUGUUCCUCUUGUCAGGAGCAAAAGACAAGGGCUGAGAGAGGGAGCAGAGUCCAUGAGCACAGUGUCUUCUUUGACACCUGACAACCUACCCCUGCUUGGCCAGAGCUAGCCCUUCCUGAGGUCUCUAUUAGGUCCCUUGAGGGACAGACAGGUCAGGUGGAUUGGGUUUUGUUUUUUAAAAUAAAAUUGAUGUUAUAUUGCUGA